AUGUUGCCUCAUCCGAAGCUUCUCCGCCGAUUCAAACCUAAACGAGGUUUUGAUCAUGUUCUCUUUUGUAGCAAGAAUUACUGUGGUUAUUGCCAGAGGGUUAAACAGCUAGGUGCAACUUUUAAAGUACUUGAGCUCGAUGAGAUGAAUGAUAGAGGUGAGAUCCAAUCAGCUUUAUCUGAGUGGACUGGACAGAGCAUUGCUCCUAAUGUUUUCAUCAAAGGCAAACAUAUCGGUGGAUGCGAUCAAGUGAUGGAGAGUAACAAGCAAGGCAAGCUUGUGCCUCUACUUACUGAAGUUGGUGCUAUCGCCAAUUAA